AUGGCGAAGCAGUUCUUGGGCCUAGAGCUACAACAUGUGCCUCGCGACACGAACAAGGAAGCUGACGACAUCGCCAAAAGGGCAUCCAGGAGCCUGCCCCAGGAGCCCGACGUCUUUGAGGAGCGGCUCUUCAAGCCUUCAGCAGCUCCCCCGUCUGCGGAGCCGGCAUCACCUCAGGAGGAAAUUCCCCAACCACCAGCCUCGGGAGCCCCCGCCUGUGGCCCGACUUCAGGAGCACGCCUGCUCCUGGCGCUCGAGCCUCAGGAGGGGUGCUGGACCGAGGAGUCCAAGGCAUACCUGGUGCAAGGAACGCUGCCGGAGAAAGAAGAGGACGCGGAGCGCGUGGCCCGGCAGGCUAUGGCAUAUUGCAUCCAGGACAGUGAGUUGUAUAGAAAAUGA